AUGGAGCCUCUGGCCGCCCGGAGGCGCAGGAUCCUCCCGCUGCUGGUCCUCUGGAGCUGCCUGAGUGCGGCCGUGCACGGGGAGAAGGUGUGCCACUGCAGCGGGAAGUCUUUGUGUCACUGCGAUGGGGUCAAAGGUCAGAAGGGUGAAAAAGGUCUCCCCGGGGAAACUGGUUUUCCUGGAAACGUUGGCUAUCCUGGAAAAGAGGGCGAUCAGGGCAAACUAGGAGAAAAGGGUGAACUGGGACCUGCAGGAAGUCCGGGUCUGAAGGGUGCCCGGGGUUUGCCGGGAGAACCAGGUUUCCCAGGAGCUCCGGGACUGCCGGGACUGCACGGACACGAAGGGCCGAUCGGUCAACCAGGAAUUCCAGGAUGCAACGGGACGAAGGGGGAUGCUGGUUUUCCAGGGCAUCCUGGACUUCCUGGACCUGCAGGCAGGCGGGGGCGUGAUGGUCCUCGGGGCAUGAAGGGAGAGACGAGAGUGUUCCCUGAGACUCAGGAUAUAAAAGGAGCGCGAGGACCACCGGGACCAAAAGGCGCCACGGGGCUCAGUGGGGAUCCAGGUGAACCCGGCGUGACAGGAUCACCAGGAUUCGUUGGAUUUCCUGGAAUUCCAGGUCUUCCAGGGUUGAGAGGAGAAAAGGGUCAGGAAGGUCCCAGUCCAGUGAUCCCAGGUCCACAAGGACAGAAGGGUGACCGGGGACCUCUAGGAGUUCCUGGGCCAAAAGGAAUCAAACUGUAUGCCGAGGGACCCAAAGAGCUGAAGGGAGAACCAGGUGACAGUGGAGAAAAAGGUUGUCCUGGUCGUCGCGGUAAACCGGGGAGGUUGGGGAUUAAAGGAGAGAAGGGGGAGAAAGGUGACACUGGCUCCCUGGGUAAACCAGGGAAGGAUGGACUCCGUGGAGAGUUUGAAGAACAGGGAGACCCCGGAGAUCCUGGGUUUCUCGGACCUCCAGGUAUUGAUGGAGACAUGGGAGAGAAAGGUGACCGUGGUCCUCCGGGCACUCCGGGAGAUAUGGUGUGGAAGAGGAUUUAUCUGAAAGGCCAGCCUGGUUUUCCCGGGCUCCGGGGGCCCCUAGGAGCUUCUGGACUACAAGGAUACAUCGGUUUACCUGGAGAAAAGGGCGAGCCCGGUGUUCCUUUGCCUGGUCCUCCGGGGAUGCAGGGACCACCUGGAUCAUUUGGACCAAAAGGAGACAGAGGAGAAGAGGGCCCCUCCACUGCUGGCCCCACAGGCCUGACUGGAAAGCCAGGACCUCAGGGUGCUAUCGGAGAGCCCGGAGAACCAGGAAUACCAGACUACCUCGAGGGAGGCACAGGACUGCCAGGACCUAAAGGUUUGAAGGGCUCGAUGGGACCUCUUGGAGAAAAAGGCACGAGAGGACAGAAGGGUGAGAAGGGGCAGAUGUGUUUUACCUGUCCUGUUAAUUCCACUGAGCCUGGACCCCCAGGCACAAAAGGAGAGAAAGGUGAUAUCGGGCUGCCAGGCUCAGCUGGUUUUCCUGGAUUUAAAGGUGGCCAAGGAGUGAAAGGUCCUGGAGGACAACCUGGUCCACAGGGUUCACUGGGGUUCCCUGGCUACCGGGGGUUCCCAGGACCUCCUGGUGACCCAGGCAUCGUGACGAGGGUUGGGCAGAAGGGUGAGGAGGGAUCACAGGGAGAUCCGGGACAACUGGGAUCCCAGGGAAGUGAUGGACCUCCAGGAGUUCAAGGAUCAAAAGGUCUUCAGGGAGCAAAAGGAGACGAUGGACCGCUGGGGCAAAAAGGAGACGGGGGCUUGUGUGGGUCCCCUGGUCCCAGGGGACCAACAGGGCAAAUGGGACCUUCAGGACCUCUUGGUAUUGGCGAGCCAGGGCCUCCAGGAAGUAAAGGCAACAUGGGAGACCAUGGAGAGCGAGGACAACCUGGACAAAAAGGUGAAAAAGGUGCACAAGGAAAUAUGAUCGCUUCUCCAGGAGAUCCAGGUCAGAAAGGACAGAAAGGUUUAUCUGGAGUCUCUGGACCGGAAGGUGCCGUGGGACCUAAAGGACCAAAAGGAGCUUGUGGUUCAAAGGGAGAAAAGGGAGAUGAAGGAUUUUCAGUCCAGGGACCUCCAGGCUUCCCAGGGGUCAAAGGAGUGAAGGGUUUCCCAGGAGCCCCAGGUCUACCUAGCUUUGGCAUUAAAGGACGAGCAGGACCAUCAGGACCUCCUGGGAUGCCGGGACCAAAGGGGGAAAAGGGUUUUGGUUUUCCAGGCUCAAACGGUCAGUCAGGACUUCAGGGAGAAGAUGGCUCUGUAGGACCUCCAGGUGACUCUGGACCUCAAGGAAUAAAUGGAGAGCCAGGACCACCAGGACAAGCUGGUCUGCCAGGAUCCAAAGGUCACAGAGGUCUGUGUGGUGCAGCUGGUCCCAUUGGUGUUAUUGGAAUCUGUAUACCUGGACCUCCUGGACCUGAUGGAGAGCCAGGACCGACGGGCUUCCCUGGAUUUCCAGGGUGCCGAGGCCCAAAAGGUUUGAAGGGAGAUGCUGGGCGGCCUGGCACAGGAGUGUUGGGGAUUCAGGGGCCAUCUGGGUCCAAAGGGAAUGUUGGAAAACCAGGACCUAUAGGAGCGAUGGGACCACAAGGCCAGAGAGGUAGUGAUGGGGAGCCAGGAAGCCCAGGGAUCAGAGGAGACCUUGGUCCUCCGGGACCACCUGGGAUUCCAGGGGAUGACGGGAAACCAGGAGAGCCUGGACGACCAGGACCAAAAGGCCAGACGGGUGCAAAUGGGUUCUGUGGCUCUGAGGGGGCUCCGGGGCCUCGGGGGGACCAAGGAGAAACUGGACCAAAAGGACUUCAGACAAACAUCGAGAUAUUUGGAGAGCCUGGAGAGAAAGGUUCAGCAGGGCUCAGAGGCCUCACUGGCGAUAAAGGAGACAAGGGCUUCUCCGGGCCACGAGGCCAAGAUGGACCCAAGGGUCGAACUGGGAACUGUGGGCCUCAAGGACUUCCUGGUGACCCUGGUAGAGAUGGAAGCAAAGGUCCUCCUGGGAGCUGUGGACCCCGUGGUGACAAAGGAAGAAUAGGGGCACCGGGUUUGAAGGGUCAGAAAGGUUGUGCUGGACGCUGUGGUCCUCCCGGUGCAGUUGGAAGUCAAGGAUACAAUGGACCUAAAGGUUGUAAAGGAGAACCUAGUCCACCUGGACCAGGAUUGAAAGGAUAUCCAGGAGAUAAGGGAAGUCCAGGAUUUCCAGGACCUCCAGGUAGUAAGGGACCACCAGGAAACAAUGGAUUGUUCGGUCCCCCAGGAGUCAGUGGCCCCUGUGGCCCUAUAGGACCCACUGGACUACCUGGUAGCAAAGGUCCUCCUGGGUCCACUGGUGAAAAAGGUUAUGAUGGUCCUGAAGGAAAACCUGGCUGUCCAGGUCCCCCUGGCCUCAAAGGUAACACUGGGCCACCUGGAGUUUCUGGCCCAUCUGGUCCAAGAGGAAACCAGGGACAGGAUGGGAUACCUGGACCUCCUGGAGAGAAAGGAGCGAUGGGAGUAUCUAAGCCUGGACCUCCGGGACGAGAUGGAGAGAAAGGUCCACCUGGGUGUACCGGGGAGAAGGGUCCUCCCGGUCCCCUUGGACCUCCUGGGCCAUUUGGUCCAACAGGAAAUCCAGGCUGCCCCGGACCUCCUGGACCACCUGGCCCUCCCGGUCUUCCUGGUACGGAAGGAGUCUGCUUUCCCGGAAGCAAGGGUGGAAUAGGACCGGCUGGAUGUCGAGGACCAAAAGGUCCACCUGGCUGUAAGGGCCCUCCUGGUCCUCCAGGUCCUGGUUUCAAAGGGGAUAAGGGAUGUAAAGGAACACCAGGUAUCGCAGGAAAACCUGGUUCCAAUGGAGACAGUGGUCCAAAAGGCCAGCUGGGUGCAUGUGGCCCACCAGGCUCACAAGGACCCAGAGGCAGGAAGGGAGAUGUAGGUGUCAGAGGACCUGUUGGGAUGAAUGGGAACAAAGGCCCACCGGGUGGAUGCGGCGUACCAGGACCUCAGGGCUGUCCUGGACAAAAAGGAACAAAGGGGCUAAAUGUAACCAGACAGUUACUGUUGUUUCCCGGAGACAAAGGCUCACCUGGAGGGCCAGGGCCCGGUGGGGAAAAAGGAUUUCCAGGUUCCCCUGGGAAUCAUGGCCCCAAAGGUGUGAAGGGUCACUGUGGGAACACGGGUAAAAAAGGACAAACUGGAGGCCCUGGGAUAAAAGGAGAAAAGGGAGAUGGAGGAGCGCCCGGAACAAAAGGUUGUCCAGGCCCACAAGGUCCAGUUGGCUUUAAAGGUUCUCGGGGUACACCGGGUACUAUGUCAGCAUCACCUGAAAAGAUCAGCUUCUUGUUCACCCGACACAGCCAGACGACCGACAUCCCAACAUGUCCUGAAGAAACAAAACUCAUAUACGAGGGUUACUCGCUGCUGUUCAUCAACGGCAACAGUCGAGCUCACGGACAAGACUUGGGGACGUUAGGUAGUUGUCUGAGGCGCUUCACCACCAUGCCCUUCCUGAUCUGCAGCCCUGGGCAGAACUGUCUCUAUGCCGCACACAACGACUUGUCCUACUGGUUGUCCACAGAUAAACUGGUGGCAGAAGGGCUGCCCUUCGUCACUAACGAGUCACUGAGCAACUACAUCAGCCGGUGUUCUGUGUGUGAGGCCAGAGCUUCCACAGUGAUCGCCGUCCACAGUCAGACCAGUAUGAUUCCCACCUGUCCCACCAACUGGGUCUCGCUCUGGACGGGUUACUCCUUUGUGAUGGAAACCGGAGCAGGGGCGGAGGGGUCAGGUCAGCCUCUGGCCUCACCCGGGUCCUGUCUAGAACAGUUCAGGAAGCUCCCCUUCAUUGAGUGUCAUGAAAGAGGAACCUGCAACUUCUACACCAACUCCUACAGCUAUUGGCUGGCUGCUCUGAACCCCAGCAACAUGUUCAGUCGACCGCAGCUCUGGAGAGACUCGGGACCCCUUCCAGGUAACCGGAUCAGCCGCUGCCGCGUCUGCAUGAACCAGAUAUGAUUUACUGCUGCGCCUCCUGCUGUAAAUACGACUGCUGUUCACAUUACUACUGAGUCAUACUACUGAUAAUAAUAAUGACUAUUAAUAUUUUAAUACAUGAUAAUAUA